AUGGCUCCCCGCAUCUACGCCACCACUCACGAACACACGGCGAGGACGGUACUAGUGGUUGUAGGCGCGUGUACGUCUAUCGAGUUCAACAAGAACAAGGAGUAUGCGUAUCUGAAGGAGAUGUCGUCGAUUGCAGCAACAGCCGGGGGGAGGAUAACAACCGAGUUCACUGGCUCAGCAGUGCCAGGUUCAGCGUUAUCAGACGCAUAUCUGUGCGCCGAUUGUUACGGGCGCACCGGUGAAGAAGCCCAUAAUAUCCGGGUAGUGGAGGUAGUAUUGGAGGAGGGGGGAGUGCGUGCUUUGCCUAGGAAUCGAAUGAAACGCGUCGAGAAGCAAGGAACUUUUGAAACGCAACAGCAAAUGACGGUCAUGCACCAGCGUCAGCAACAACAGCCUUCACGAGCGGGAAGGUCGCAGCUCCCGCUUUCUCCAGGGUCGGAUACAUCGAUCCAUAGGACGGAUACAGCUCUUACACAUCAUGGCGGAGGGGGAGUUCCUCGCAGCCACGCAAGUGCAGAUUUUAAGGAGGGAGCAGUCGCAACCCCAAUCGCAGGCGCACACGCAGGGUCCACCUCAUCCGCCGCACUCACACACGCAUCCAUCCUACACGUCAGGUUUGUAAAAUCCCACACACAAGGUGGUGCUAGUCCGAACCGUAACCCUCCGCCUUCUAUAGCUGUGUUGGAGGAAGACGAAUGGGAGGACAAGGCUAUUGAACAUGAGCGUAAAUAG